CAGGCUCUUGACCCAUUAAAAAAAUAAGGGGCACAGGCACAGCGCAAUACUUGAAAUGGGUUGUGGCCUUCCGAGACUUGUGACCCUGUUAGUUAGGUAUCGUUCUGUCGCCGUUGGUUUUUGAUGAUUGAGUCAUGUCCGUUGCUUUCUUAGAGUUGGAGACGAAGACAAAUGGAGCUGCAAAUGAAGGUCGCGCAAGCUGUUCACGUGCUAAAUCACGAUAGCCAAUCGUGCAACCGUGUUGCUGCUAAUCAAUGGCUAGUACAGUUUCAGCAGACCGAUGCUGCUUGGGAAGUCGCCACGUCCAUCCUGACAUCCAAUUAUCAUCAGCAAUUUGUUUCUGACUUUGAAGUCGAAUUUUUUGCCGCUCAGAUUCUCAAGCGAAAGAUACAAAAUGAAGGAAGCUACUUGCAAAUGGGAGCAAAGGAUGCUCUGCUAAAUGCUCUUCUAUUGGCUGCUAAGAAAUUUUGUUUAGGCCCUCCACAGCUGUUGACUCAAAUUUGUCUUGCUCUCUCUGCGCUCAUGCUUCACGCUGUAGAGCAUGGCCAACCAAUUGAGAAGCUCUUUUGCAGUCUCCAAAGUUUGGAAAACCAUGAUGAAGGCACCAUUGCUGUCUUGGAAAUGCUGACAGUCCUUCCAGAAGUUGUGGAAGAUCAGAAUACUGAUCACAGAACUAGUUCGGCUCAGCGACGCGAGUAUGGUCGAGAGGAGCAGCUUCUCUCGCAUACUUCAGUGGUUCUUGAGUUCCUUCAUCGUCAGAGUGAUAAGAGUUUUGACAGUAGCAUUCAACUCCAGGGCAGGCACAGAAAAAUUUUGCGUUGUUUGUUAAGUUGGGUUCGAGCUGGUUGUUUCUCGGAGAUUCCCCCUAGCUCUUUGGCUGGACAUCCACUUCUGAGUUUCGUUUUCAACUCUUUACAGGUUUCGUCUUCAUUUGAUCUAGCCAUUGAAGUUCUGACUGAACUAGUGAGUCGACAUGAGUGUAUACCACAAGUUUUGUUAUGCAAAGUUGGAUUUCUUAGAGAUAUACUUCUUCUCCCAGCUCUUAACAGUGGAGACGAGACUGUGAUAAGUGGUCUUGCUUGUUUUUUGUCAGAAAUUGGUCAUGCUGCUCCUUCUUUGAUUGCUGAAGCAAGUCCUGAAGCAUUUGUACUGACUGAUGCACUCUUGAGUUGUGUUUCAUUUCCAAGUGAAGAUUGGGAGAUUGCAGACUCGACUUUGCAGUUCUGGUGCAGUCUUGCCAGCUUCAUCCUGGGCCUGGAUGUAGAUAGUGGAGAAAAUGCUAAGAGCGUCAAGGUCUUAUUUUUUCCUGUUUUCUCGGCGUUGUUGGAUGCUCUUCUGUUGCGUUCUCAGGUUAGCUUCUAUUUGCAUGCAUAUGUAGUGCAUAUUAUUUCUUUAUUCUGCUUAUAUUUAUUUCCAUCCCACAAAUUGCUCUAUUGGCCUCUCUUUUCAUUAACUAGCAUGUGGAUUUGUUGGAUUUUACAAUAAAGUUAUAUGGCAACU